AUGGAAGACUGCCUCCAUACAUCUUCUGAAAACCUUUCCAAGCUGGUCAGUUGGGCCCACAGUCAUGGUACCAUUUGCAGCCUCAUUCCAAAUUUAAAACACCUACUUUCAGAGGGUUCCCAUGGCAACCUGACAGCUAUGUGGGGCUGUAGUGCAGGCCAUGCCUAUCACUGGCCAUUGGCAGCUACUUGUAGGGCUGGCUCACAGGAAAGAGUUUGUUUUCAGGACAACCGAAGUUUCAACUCUGAUAGUCCCAGCAUAAUAGGCAUGCCUCCAGACCCCCAAGCCAGCCCAGUGGAACGCUAUCCCGGGAGGUCAGGAAAAGCAAAGUUGGACUGUAACAGAACCAGAGAUUCCUGCGAUUUCUCCUACUGCAGUGAGCCUUCUGAAUUAGACGAAACAGUGGAGGAAUACGAAGAUGAAUCUAAUCUUUUUGACAUGGUCUGUGAGUCCUCGGUGACCGAUGAAGAUAGCGAUUUUGAACCUCAUCGUCAAAGAUCUCAGAUCAAUUCCCUUAAAAGGCCUGGACCAUCUUCUUCUUCACUACAUUUGGACUCUCAGUCUCAGGUCAUUGAUGGAAGCAGCAGUGAUGUUUUAGCCAAAAAAAUAAAGCAAGAACUCCCCGAGGAUUAUUAUAUCGUGGCUAAUGCAGAAAUCACUGGUGGCAUUGACGGCCCUGCAUUGUCCUUGACACACAUGUCAAAACCUAAAGGUGGAGCCUCCUAUCCUGUGGCAUCUAAGCUAACGUCUCAUGCAUCUCCUUCCCUCAGUGCUGACUUUGAUUUACAGAAUGUUUCAGCCUCUUCACAAGUUACCUCAAGGCCAGUGACCCAGAAGCCUCCCAAACUCAAUCUGCCUUCCUCAAGCAGAAGGUCUGGUAACAUCCCCACAGUAAAUCCUCAGGUGGCCCUCCAGGUGCCUGCCAGCACUUCUAAUUCUGGCAAACCUAUCAGCAUUCCUUUAUCAGCCUUGCAGCUGCCUGGGCAAGAAGAACUGUCAGCCUCAGAAGAUCUCCUCCAGCCGGGACCAAAUCAAGUUUCCAAUGAUGUAGCAUUGUCUCCUUCUGUUAGCACAGAGCCGGAGGUUAGCUCUAGCCAGCAGCAGCCAAGCACCGCGUCCUGCACGGUCACUGAGCCGGUGGCACAGACAAUACCAGGCUAUUCAACAAAGCUGAAUAAGUGUCCCAUUUUCAAUUUUUAUGAUGACCUGAAGUGCCUUUGUAUCAGUGCUGCAAGCUCAAAUACAACUAAAGCGACUUUGUGUGCUCUGAAUGUGUGGCGAUAUUAG